GUGAGCUUUGCACGGCCUUUGAGGUUGAUGUUUAUCGUGUGUCGAGUGUUUUUCGCGCUGAGUGACAGAGAGACUUUCCAUCAACUAGUUCACUUCCCAAAUGGCACCAACUACCAGGACUGGACCAAGCCUAAGCCAGGAGCCUGGAACUCCAUCAGGUCACCCAGGAUGUCAAACUUGGAACAAUUUGACCCUGAUUUUUACCAAUCUAAUUAUACCAUUGAUAACCAGGAGCAGAGCUCUAAUGAUUCUGAGACCUAUGGAUUCAGAAACCAACAAGUGAGUGAACAACCCCAACCUGCCUCAUUUGUUCCCUCUGAGAUGCUCAUGCCAUCAGGUUAUGGAGGGCAGUUUUUUCAGCCAGCAUCCAACUCCGAUUACUAUUCACAGUCUCCUUACAUUGACAGUUUUGAUGAAGAGCCUCCUUUGCUAGAAGAACUUGGAAUCAAUUUUGAUCACAUUUGGCAAAAAACCUUGACGGUGUUAAACCCACUGAAGCCAGCAGAUGGCAGCAUCAUGAAUGAAACAGACCUCACUGGGCCCAUCCUUUUUUGCAUAGCCCUGGGAGCCACACUGCUUCUGGCAGGAAAAGUUCAAUUUGGUUACGUAUAUGGUAUGAGUGCCAUUGGCUGCCUUGGGAUUCACGCCUUAUUGAACCUGAUGAGCUCUUCAGGAGUGUCAUAUGGCUGUGUGGCGAGUGUUCUGGGUUACUGUCUGCUGCCCAUGGUCAUCCUUUCCAGCUGUGCCAUCUUCUUUUCGCUGCAGGGCAUCUUUGGAACCGUGUCAGCAUUGGUCAUCAUUGGCUGGUGUAGUCUUUCAGCCUCUAAGAUCUUCAUUUCGGCCUUAGAUAUGGAAGGACAGCAGCUUCUCAUUGCCUACCCUUGUGCCUUACUUUAUGGACUUUUUGCUCUCCUAACAGUUUUCUGAAGAGUGUUGAAAAGGUGUUGAAAUUUUCUAUUUGUUUAAUGUUCAGAUUAUCCUGGAAAUGAAUCAGCAUUCGAAUUUGGUGAUAGAGUUUCUGUAUCUGCUGUUGCAAGAAUAAGCAGAGAGACAAAAUAGCACUUAAGGGUGGUGCUCUAAUGGCUUGUUCAGUGUGAAGGAUGUUUUGUUUUUCAUUUUGGUGUGGUAAAACUUUUUAAAAUAAUUACAAAUAAAAGGUAUGUAGUUGCUGUACUAAUGGACACUACUUUCUGAGAAAUUAGAAAUAAAGAAAACCAUAUGCUUGCUGUUUAAAUUAAAUCUAUACUAAGCCUUUUGAAAAAUAUUCAUGAUGGCUCAAGGUGUAUGUACAUGGGUUAAAAAGGUAUAUUUAUGGGGUUUUAUUUACCCAAAGAAUCAAAGAACCUCCUGUAUUUUGAUUAACUUACUUUAGUGACUGCUCUUUGGUUCCAUUUGGAUAAUGCACUGACUCACCACUUCCCCACUUACUUGGUCUAGAUGCCAUCAUCCAUUACUAUAAUUUCUCCCUUGCAUAUAUCUUCCACAGCCUUAGCAUUUUCUCCACAAGUA